GGAGGUACGAAGCGGCUAAUUACAAACGUGACAGGUUGGCGCGAUGGUGAGUUGUCUCUUAUGUAGCACCAAAAAAUUAAGGUUCUGCUGGCUGCCUCUGUGUGUACUCGUGAUGGUAAAGCUUUGGUGUCUCGACAGUUUGUGGAAAUGACAAAGGCAAGAAUUGAAGGAUUAAUAGCCACCUUUCCAAAGCUUCUUGGGACAGGUAAACAACAUACAUUUGUGGAAACAGAAUCUGUGCGGUAUGUUUACCAACCUUUGGAGAAAUUGUACGUUCUUCUGAUAACUACCAAAGCUAGCAAUAUACUCGAAGAUUUGGAGACAUUAAGGCUUUUUGCACGUGUGAUACCGGAGUAUGCUUGUGGUACCGAUGAAAACGAUGUACUGACACAUGCUUUCCAACUUAUUUUCGCAUUUGAUGAAAUCAUAGCUCUAGGCUAUAGAGAAGAUGUUAACUUGUCACAAAUUCGAACAUAUACGGAAAUGGACUCACAUGAUGAACGCGUGUUCCGUGCUGUACAGGAGAACAAAGAACGUGAUGCUAAAGAGCAAAUGAAACAGAGAGCACGUGAACUACAACAAGCUCGACUAGAAGCUGGGAAACGCUCAGGUGGUAUGAAUCUUUCAGGAUUCUCUAAUUAUCGUGGUGGGAAAGGAAUGGGUGGUCUGUCAAAUGAUUUAAAUGAACCUCGUGUAAUCGUCAUGAAAGAUCGUUUGGGAGAUGGAAAUACGGAUGUUCAAAGUUUGCCUACUACAAAUACAGCAACUAUCUUAGCAUCAGUGAAACGAAGUGGUAUGCAACUUGGUGGUGGCCAGGGUGGUUUAAAAAGCAUUGAUCAGUUUGUGAAUCGUCUGAAAGCCGAAGGUGAAGUGGUCAAUGAUGUUAUGAAUUUAGUUAGCGGAUCAGGCGGAGCAGAUAACGUAAUGAGUACUAAUUCAACUUCUGCUUUAACUCAAAAACCUCAUGUUAAAAAAGAAAAUCUGCAUUUACGAAUUGAGGAAAAGUUAAUCGUUCAAGCUGGUCGUGAUGGUGGUUUAGAAAGUAUGGAAUUGCAAGGUACAAUGUUUGCACAAGCUAUCACAAAUGAAGCUUGUGAAGCGAAAAUCAGAGUGGAUACAAGUAUGUGUACAAAUCCGCCUAAUGAACAUCGGCCACCUGUUCAACUUCAAACACAUCCUAAUAUUGAUAAGAAAACUUUCACAUCCACUGGUUGGAUUCAAAUCAAACCAGGUGGUAAACCAUUUCCAAAUGGUCAAGAAGUUGGUAUAUUAAGAUGGAGAUUUCAAACUUCUGAUGAAGCUGCUCUUCCUAUAACUGUUAAUUGUUGGCCAAAUGAAAUACCCGGUGGCUUUGAAGUAAAUGUUGAAUAUGAAUUACAAGAUUCUUUAUUAGAAUUGGAGAAUCUAGUUAUGUCAAUACCAUUGCCUCCUUCAGCUAAACCUCCAUUAAUUGGUAAUUGUGAUGGGGAAUAUGAAUUGAGUCCACGUAAAACUCAAUUAGACUGGCGUAUACCCAUAGUUAACAGUGAUAAUUCAUCUGGUUCCCUUGAAUUCACAUUAAAAACAGAACGUGGUGCACAAGCAGAACAAUUUUUCCCGUUGAAAUUAAACUUUGGAUCAAAUAAAUCGUACUGUGGAAUUCAGAUAAUAGAAGCUACUGUAAGCAAUCAGGACACUCCGAUCAACUUUUCAUAUGAAUCCAAUUUUCAUACGGAAAAAUACGAAAUUAGUUAAAUUGAUAAUUUCGUCUUCUUAUUCUUCUUCUACUUCAGUCUAUUCGAUGUUAUGUGUGUGUGUGUGUGUGUGUAUCAAUUGACUUUGUUAUUCAAUUUGCCUGAUCAUCUGUGAUUUGGAUUAUUGUAAUGGGGUUUUCAUUUUCUUUGUUCUGUUUUUAUAUAUGGUUUUGACCAAAUAAUCAAUAAUAUUAUCCCUUCGUUUA